CCGCAAUUACGGUGACUCUGAAUUAUGCCGUCUUUAUUCUCAUGCAGUGGUAAUGCUAGAGUCAUUGCACGUUAUCUUCGGUCCUGGCAUUCGGCUGAGCCACCGCUAGCUUUCCCCCUUGAGGUUGAGGUGUCACUUGACUCCUCAUUGCGAUGAGUCGCAUUGAAUCUGGAUCAAAUGCCUGCGAUGUCGAAGCGUGCGAUCGACAUCGUCCAAAUCUGGCGUGCAUGAAAGCCUGCCCUAUCACCCACUUCCGCCCAGAUGACGACUUUGACAGGGAAAGGUUUCGAGCGGGAACACCCGCACAGCUACCACUUUACAAAGUUCCAAGACAGAUAGUUGCCCGCCGUGUACUGACACACGCUGUCAAACAGUGCCGCCUUGUCGCCCUUGUCGACGCAGUUAUCCGUCGUGUAGGCAUAGGCAGUGACGUUGAAGUCUGUAGCAUAGUGCGCGAUGGCCUUGAGCCCGUCCCAGCCGCCCGCCCGACUGAAGGCGAGGCACUCGCCGCUGACGGCCUGCGAGCGCGUGCCAAACACGAUGUUGGAGUACUGGUCCGAGCCCUGGCCUGGGCGGCAGGUCGUGGCGUCUGUGUACGUCUUGAAGAUGACGAGCGUCGGGUCGUCGUCUUGUCUAGCAGUGGCAGCACCGGCGGGCGAGGCGACGGCGGCGGCCUGUAUGGCCAGAGGGGCCAGGGCGAGUGCGAAGGCGCGGGUGGUCUUGGUUGUGUAAUGCAUGGUGGCUAGGAGGCGCUUUUCUGAUGUGAAGUAUGGUGCGAUGCGGACCUGUGGGCAGGGCGAGGAAUUGUAUAUUCUGU